AUGGUGAGUGGCGACCUCCUACUCGAGGUUCGUGACAUCCAACAACAUGGCAAACAGUCGAACCUUGUGGCAUUCGGUGAUGUCCCCGUCACGUGGCUCGUGGGCCGACUGUUCGUGCCCCUGGCACUGGUCAUGGGCCUGAGCGUGGACGAGUCCUCACGCGUUGCCUCCUUGGUGGGCCUCAAGACGGUGCUGAACGAGGUGUUCGCCCACAGCGAGAUGGGCACGAUGGCACGCAAUGGCCUGCUCUCUCCGCGGGCGCAGCUGCUCUGCACGCACGCCCUCUGCGGCUUCUCGAGCCUCGCUGCUCUGGGCGUCCAGGUGGGCGUGUUCGCUGCACUGGCGCCCGAACGGCUGCCGGACUGCGCCCGUGUCGCCGGACGUGCACUGGUCGCCGGUUCCAUUGCCUGCUUCUUGACCGCCUGCACCGCCGGCGCCUUGAUGGACACAACCGUCUACGAGGUCCCAUCGCUAUUUAACAGCUACGACUUCGUCUAGAAUUCCAACUUUUUAGAAGUGUGGGAACGUAUUUGUGAAAUAAACAAGAAAGCCUCCG